AUGCCAUUUUAUACUGUUCAUUACUUUGUUCCGUGUAGCCGGUUCGGCAUUCGUGUCAGAGUGUUGAAUACUCACUACGUGAUUACUGAAUUAGAUGAAGAAUUUAAAGAAACUGAGGGAGACCUAUUUGAACCAGGAGAUGUAAUCACCACCGUGGCUGGAGACGCACUCCGGGGUAAAGCGGUUGACCUUCGAAAGAUGCUCUUGAAGCAAUGUCGUAAACCUAUGCAAUUUGAGGUUGCCAAAGUUAGAUCUCCAGAUGGAUCCCUUUUCCAGCCUAUCGUUGAUCUGCUGAAAAAGAGUGGUUAUAGUGAUAUCCUAAAGGAGACCCGAGGAACUAAUAAGAAAGCUUGCUGUCACAUACGUCGCGUUUGCCUUUUCUCUUUUAACGGAGCCAAUUCGGUGAAGUGGUCUAAUUGCGAAGCUCUCGAUCUUACGACGUGUUACUCGAUCCUCGAAGAAGGUGGUUUGGAGGCUAGGGGGGCAGAACAGUCAGCGAAGGAAAUCGCCCACUCAGUGCGCUAUGUCGGGAAAACAGGUGUGGACCGCCGAGGCACCAAAAGUCUCAUCGAUGCGAUAAUCGAUUCAGUGGUUGCUGAACAUCCCUCUCCUUCGCAGUACCUGCCUGUUCGUGUGGGGCUCGGGGAGCUCAAUAUGAAAGUUUGGCCCGUGACACCUGGCACUUGUAGAGACGCCAACGCGAAGCCCUUCCUUACGCACGCCUAUCCCAUCAUCACCGUUGUGGGGCAAGGCAGUCAGAACCCCCGCUACUUUGGUUACAUAGCCAGCAACAGCACAUACAACACGGCAGAAGGCUUCACUGCUUACGUAUUUCUCUGCUGGAAUGCAAACGAGGCUGCCAGAAUUGUUAAAGGCAUUUCCAGCGGAUUGAAACGAACCCGUUUGACCACGUAG